AUGCAGACCCCAAACAGAUUGGAUGAUUAUGAGUGGCCUGAGGAGUGGAGAAGGAAGGUGAUAGUCUACUCCAUCUGCGCCGGGAUGACCAACAACGACAUCGUAGACAAGUUGAAGUUGCCAUUGAGGACAAUCCAGAGAAUUAGGAAGCAGUUGGUGGAUUCAGACUUUGAUGUGGAGGCCGUGGCUGCCAGAAAGACACAAGAUCGAGCUGAACAGAGGCCUUCAUGCGAAUACUUGCGCAAGUCAUAUGAGGGGAUGGCUCUACAAGAUGGCAACAGGGGCUGUUCUACUGCUGCUGCAAACAAGAAUUCAGCCCUAACUUGUCAGAAGCGAGACGAUACCUCCGUCGCCGGGGAUGGCCCCGCCCAAGGUUCACGUACUUCUCUCGACCUUCCCGCCACUGCUGCUCACUGCUCACUGCUCACCUCCCUUUGGAACCGCGCGCCUUUCGAUGCCGACCGAACGUCGCCGCUCUCGGACUAUCCUUCCUCGAGUGUCAUUCGGGGUUUCAUUCGUUUCGUGUCUUCCUUGCUCGCCGCUCCUUCCAACGGGAUUCACUACCGCGGAAAGCAUUCGCAUGAUGCUGUGAGUUUUUGCAGUCGGUCCUUAUUCGGUGAUAGCAGAAGUUGUGCUACGAGUGAACGGGAUCGAGUCUCGGUGCGUGUGAGGUUCCGCGUUUUGUACUCGAAGAGGAUUUGUAGGCUUGGUCUGGUCCUGGUUGGGGCCUGUGACCGCGGCGUCGAGGUGAACCUAAUUGUCUUUUCUGAUGGUUUUGGUCUUCUGACCCGGCCUCGGCAGGAAUUCGAGAACGUGGUGGACCGAUUCGACUCGGACGUGACGCGACAGGGAAGGUGCCAGGUCAUUACUCAGGUUGUGGUUUUCUCGAGAAACCCCGAGUAG